GAGAGAAUCGGCUCGGACAGUCGGACUCGAUCAUCAAUUAAGCGAACCUCGCCGCGAUCGUAUCAGCCAUGGCGACCGCCGCGCACGAGGGCGUGACCCAGCGCGUCGCUGCCAGUGGCAGCAGGGACGACGGCGCCAGCGGCGGCAUCGCGGCGGUCUCGGGUCCCAACAAGAAGCCGGGCGGCGGCAGGAGGCGGCGCGGCCUCCGUUCGGUCGCCGCCGCGGUGUCCAUCCCCGCGGCGCUCGUGGCUCUGUCCUUCUUCGCCGCGGGCCACUCCACGCCGCCGCCGAGUUCCGCCACGGUGGCGGUGGUGCGGGCCGGGUCGGUGGCGUCGGAGGCGGUGCUGGCGCUGGCGGCGUGGAUGGCGUGGGCAGAGGGCGGGCUGCACGCGCGUCCGGCCGCCACGCUGCUGCCCUACGCCGCGCGGCUCGGCGCCGCGCUCGCGUGGGCGCCGCUCGUGCUGGGCCGCCACGCCGCGGCGCGCGCGGGCCUCGCCUGCUGCGCCGCCAUGGCCGUGGGCGCCGUGGCGUGCGCGCGCGGCUUCGGCGCCGUCAACCCUGUGGCUGGCGACCUCGCCAAGCCCGCCGUCGCCUGGGCCGUCAUCCUCGCCGUCGUCAACUACAAGAUGCUCUGAGCUCCCGAGAACACGCGCGCGCUGUUCGUGUUCGAUCCUCGGCAGCCAGGCCCCUGGUUAUUUGUUGUGAACAUGUAAUAAUGCGUUGGUUUGUGUACAGUAUACGUUCUGAGUAUGUUGUUGUGUCCUGCAUAUUCAUCUGAGAAUGCAGCCAGGCCCCUCGUCAACUACAAGAUGUUCUUAAAUUUCGAUUGCGAUGUAACAAUGUAUGUGUA